UACCUAAUAUGCAUCAAUAUUGAAAACAGUCUGGAUUCCUUUUGAUCAUACCAUGUAGAAUGCUCCUGUGCACCACGUUCUCCAGUUGUUUCUUAUCAGUUUGUGAAUGUUAAUUAUUAUUUAUCAUUUUCAUUUCAACUUCCUAAGGAACGAGUUAAAUAAGACGCUUGCAAUUUCAGUUCAUUGCUAAAUACGCAAGAAAACAGUGCACUCAAUUGUAUGUUCUUCACGAUGAAAGGUGUACUUGCUACCAUUCUGUUUAUUUUGGGAUGCCGAAUUAACGCUAGCAUACCCGGCUGCCAAGAAAUCGAAAGAAGUUCAACUCGCUAUUUUGAUGGGUAUGUGGGGAUAAUUACAAAGACUACUUUUGAUUUAAAAUGUUACGGAAUCAAUAGUCUUCCAUCGAAGGAAUUACAAUAUGAUCGAGAUAUUUACAUGCAUCGUGUAUUAGUGGGUAUUACAUUCAGUGACAGUUAUAUAAAAAAUGUUCCGUCGCUUUCUUUUUACGAAUUUCCAACCAUACAAUACCUCAAUAUGGACUAUUGUGGCAUCAAUAGAUUAGAUGCAAAUUGUUUUUUAGGAUUAAAAGAAUUAAGCAGAUUACAGUUAAGUAAUAACAAUAUUUCAAAUAUCGGUGUUGGAACACUAAGUCAUUUAUUCAACCUUAACUACUUAGACUUAUCGAAUAAUAGUUUAAAAGUCGUUGAUAAAGAUGCUUUCCAAAGUCUAACACUAGUGAAAGAAUUAUUGUUAAAUAACAAUAAAUUUGAAGUAUUACCAGAUGAACUAUUUUCUACUUUACAUAACAUCAGAAAUAUUGAUUUAUCAUGGAACAAUCUGAACACUCUCAGUGUCAAUUUAUUUCGAAACCUGACAAGUCUUCAAACACUUAAGUUGAAUAACAAUCUGUUAAAAACUCUUCCACCAACGAUAUUCAAAGAUUUAUCUACUACGGACAUCCUUGACAUGUCCUACAAUUUACUUACAAACAUUUCUUAUGAAUCUUUGUUAGGACUUGAGUCAUUAAUUUCUCUUAAUAUUUCUAAUAACCAACUUAUUACGUUAGAUUCCCAAUAUAAUGGUUCUGAAAAGCUUAACACAUCUUCUGAAGGAUUUUCCCACUUCUGUCCAAAUGAAACCUAUGUGAACACCUCAAGUCUAAGUCCAUUUUUAGGACUGAAUAGUCUUAAAGAAUUAAAUUUAGAAGGAAACAAAAUUUCGAAGAUUGGGAAUGAAUCAUUGAAAGGUUCUAUCCAACUUAGAAACUUAUAUAUGUCAAACAAUGAGUUAUAUGAAAUCCACGAAGAUGCUUUUCAAAAUGUACCUUCUUUGAUGCAUUUGUCGUUAGAUAACAAUAAUCUGGAAACAAUAAACAGUAGCACAUUUUUUAAUCUUCGGGAACUACGCACUUUAAUUUUAAAUAACAACCAAAUACGAAUUCUUCCAGUACCUUUGUUUAAAGAUUUAAAAUCACUUAGUACUCUUUCUUUAUCAAAUAAUUUAUUGACAUAUAUUCCGUAUGGGUUGUUAUCCCAAUUAAAGCAAUUAAGCAUUCUUAAUGUCUCCAAUAAUGAACUCGUUGAAUUGAAUGCAAUAUCAUAUCACUCUUUGAAUGAUUUAAGCGUACUGGAUAUAACCCGUAAUAAUAUUAGGACCGUGGACGCUAAUCAGUUAAUGUCUGUCCUAGUCAACUUAAGAACCAUACAUGUAGACAGAAAUAGCUGGAACUGUGUAGAACUCUUUAACAUUAUCAGUCGUCUUCAAGCGAGUAAUGUUAAUAUCGAUAAUGGUAAUACUUUCGAUACCGAAAAUAUUCACGGAAUACCCUGCUCUCCAGUUGUUAACACAACUCCGACAAGUCAAACAACAUCAUUUGAAGCGAGUGAUUUUCAAAAGUAUAUUUCAAAUGUUUUAAUGAAUAUCAACGAAACACUUUUGAAUAUAAAUAGUUUUAUGGAAAAAGAUCGCAAUAUACAAGAAUGUAUUUUAAAUAAUUCAAGGAUUAUGGUCAAACUGCAACAAUCUGUUAUUCAACAACUCACGAAGAAUGAGCGAAAGGAACGCCAUCUACAUUCGAAUACUUUAAACAAAACGGAUAUACAGUCAAAGGAAGAAAUCAAUGGUACCCCUGGGUGUGAUCCUAACUCUUCAAACAACGUCUAAUUUUGAAUAUGACAGUGCUAGCCAAGUCAAAGCAGGUCUUAUAACUAUAACAAUGAUAUAGAAAUAUUAAAUACAUGAAUUUGAUAGUUUAAUAAGUUAGUAUAUAAGUGUUACGUUCAUGUUCAGUAUUGGUGGCAUUAGUUUUUGUUCUUUUUUUCAACUAAAAUAAAGAAUUACA